GCCCAGCCGUGGACUCUCACUGCAGUUGCUGGCGAGAGGUACAGCUGUGCAGCUGAAGCAUGUGCGCGGAGCCAGCUGAGCGGAAGGCGGAAGAUGGUGACUCGGGCUCGGGGCGGUUUGGCGCCACCGUCGCUGCCACUGCCUUUGUGUUGGCGUUGAUCUGGCUCUCCACGGCGGUGGAGGAGAGGGAGAAGAUCUCGUCUUCCCUGCUCGGGAGGUGGCAAGGACAAAGAGAAGAGCAGCAGACGGGCAGCUACUGCUGGGCCGCAGUCGGCGCCGCUCUCGCACUGCUGCUGCAGCGGCUCUGGCGGUUGAUCAGCAAGUGGGCGGGUCGCUCCUGCGAGUCAGCCAACACGCCACCUGCUGCCGUACACCAGAAGACGCUGGCAGCGGACCUGGGCGCGCUCCUUCAGUCUGGACAUUCUGCUGACGUCACCAUAACGGUGGGGGACAGCACGCUGAGGGCGCACAGGGCUAUCCUGGUGGCCAGGAGUCCCGUGUUCGCGGCCAUGAUGGCCCACGACUGCCUGGAAUCCAGUAGUGGCCACAUUUCCAUCACCGACAUCGAGCCGGAGGUGCUGAGCCAGCUGCUGGUGUUCUUGUACACGGACGAGGCUCAGUUGGACCCCCGGCUGGUCCUGAAACUCCUAGUAGCCGCCGACAAGUACCAGGUGCACAGUUUGAAGGAACAGUGCGAGUACGUAGUCUCCCGGAGCCUGCGCGUGGAGAAUGCGGUGGCGUGUGCGGUGCUCGCCAUACAGCACUCCUGCUCGUGUCUCACGGAAUCCUCUGCGCGCUUCAUUGCGGCCCACCUCAAGCAGGUGAUGGCCACCGAGGGGUGGGCCACGGCUGUGCGGAGGCACCCGGAGCGCAUGGUGGAGGUCAGUCGCCUGGUUGCCGCAGUUUCCUCAGAUACCAGGUCUGAAGAUCACCACAGGCGAGGUCGAACCCGGUUACCAGAAUAACUAGUCACCGUGUGGCUGCAGCCUGCCCCCACAUGGAACCAGAAGCGCCCAGUGUGAACACAGGUGUAAAUGGAAUCACCCGCACCCCCAGAUGUCGAGGAACAGGCAUGGACCUACAUGCAUGCCUCUGCUUGUGUGUCAGGCAAGCACAGGCACACGGCGACUAGGCGCGAGUCGCACAGGUGCAAACACACCCUAAGGGUGAAGCUCACAGUGUGAAUGCCUAAAGGCAAACCUCAAAAGGUUUCCACAACAGUUGAACCGGUGUUUAUUUCAAUCUAAUGUACAAAGGCUACUCAGGGAAGUGAUGCGCCAAACGCUCCAGAAUUUGAAACUGUGUACUGGACCAGGUGUACAGCCCAGAAUCUGUUUUGCAGAGGUCUUGCAUUCGAGUCUCCGCCAAGCAUUCAGCUUUAACCCACCAGAAAGUUUCAAAUCAACACACUCCACUGCAGAUCUAAAAUACAUUCUGGAAAGUCUGGUAGCACUUCUCAAAUCAGUUAGAUGUUGUCAUGUCGAUGUUAAUGGGUAUUAAAAGGAUUUAUAGUCAGACUGAAAGCAAUAACUGCAAAAUAGACAGAUGAGGUAAAGCAACUAUUAAGCAAGCUGAAGCAUUUAAUAAGCAUGCUGAAGGGGUUAACAAGCAGCUUUAGACAGUAAUAAGAGAUACUCGUGGGUAAUGUGUAAUUAAAUCUGGCAGAAACUAAUUUUGCUUUUCUGACCUAUCAGCUGGGGACAGUACAUGGUCAGCUAACGGACUGAGGUGUUGCAGUUAAAAUCCUAUGAGACUUACCAACAGUGUGGGCAACCAGCUUGCAUCGAAAAAUGUAGACUGAAAACUUAAUAAAAACUGAGCUCAAAAAACCACAAAUUAAAGGAAACCAAGACACACACUGAGAUUUGAUAACAAAAUAACCCACAAACAGAGAAUGCAAGGAAGACAUGUGGCAUACAGAAUAAAACAUACACCACAGAAAAGAUUAAAAACAUCCAACAUACCAUACAAGAUAUCAACAAAGCAGGCAUAUACCAGUUAAUGUGCAUAGAUUGUGAUUCAGUAUAUAUGGGACAGAUAGGUAAAAAUUUCAGAACAAGACACAUUUAAGAGUAGGUAUAGGUCAUAGUUAAAGGCUCUGAGGUGGAGUUGCCCCAAAAUUUACAUUUCUCAGUAAUGACUUACAGAAUUUAAAUUUUCACAUAUUACAACAAUCAAAAUAUUUAAACUGUUGAUACUGACUGAUGUUUUCUGAACACAUUGUAGUUACGACUGCACCAUGAAAUGUCGUUAGCUCAUGUGGAUGAGCUUCUACAGUUCACAUGGGCACCUAGAAGGCUCAGCAUGAGUACAACUUGCAAGACGCUGUAUUGGAUUUCGCUCUAAUCUGUUGAAGCCCCUAUUUGGUGGGUUUUAUUCUACUUGUCUGGCGAAGUUAAUUCAAGUACCCUAGUUCCUCCACCCACCAGUCCUUCCCUAUUGUACUACUCACCUCCUCCUCACCCCUCACCCGCCUCAUCUGCCAUUUCCCUGCCCUUAGUGACCCCUUAUCCCCUCCCCUACCUGUC